AUGUCUGGCACCAACCCGGAGAAGCCUCCUAUCCAACCAGAGCAGCAGCUCUACCCUCCCCCUCCCACCGGCGACAACAACCAGCAGCAGCCUCCUCAGUACACCUCCGGUCAUGAGCAGCAGCAGUACAACCCGGACCAGAAGAGCGCCGCCGGCCCCGGCCACGAGCAGCAACACUUCCCCCCUCCACCCCCGGGCCCUCCCCCCGCCAACCAGCCGCAGUUCACGCACGCUCCCCAGCAGCAGCAAUACGCCGCCGGCAGCUCAGUCCCCCAGCAGCAGUCAUAUGCACAGACGCCCGGCCAGCAAGCUCCUUACAACCCCGCAGAUCACGGCGCCGGCCACCACUACUCACAACAGCAGUUUGAGGGACCUCCGGGAACGGCAGCACCGAGCCACGCCCAGGGCGGCCCUUACACCGACCCGGCUGCCGCGCACGCUGCGUACAUCGCGCCCGCUACCGAUCCCAACCACAAAGAGAAGCGCGGAUGGGGUGAGCGCCUCUCUCAGAUGGGCAUGAAGGCCGCCGUGCCCAUCAACGCCCUCGCCAACAAGAUGGGCUCGCAGAGCUUUCUGCCUACCACCAUGGAUAGAGAGUGCGACAAGGCGGCCAAGAUCCUCAAGAGCUUUUGCAAGGAGGGAAUCACAUCCGAUGUACCACCCCAGACACAGACGGGCGAGCACCUCGAGCCCGGCAAGCACGCUGAAGCCACUGGCUCCCGCCCCACGACACCCAACAAGGACAAGGCCCGCAAGGAGUCCAAGGCCAUCGUCAAGAUCCCCUCAAAGGUCAUCAACAAGGCCGUCGGCCUCGCCAUCUUCACCACCGCCCGCGUAGGCUUCCAGUUCUCCGGCGCCACCGGCUCCGGCAUACUCAUCGCCCGCCUCCCAGACGGCUCCUGGUCCCCGCCCUCAGGCAUCCAAGUCCACGCCCUCGGCGCUGGCUUCAUGAUCGGCGUCGACAUCUACGACUGCGUCUGCGUCAUUAACAGCCCCGCCGCUCUCGCCGCCUUCAUGUCCACCCGCGUCAGUCUCGGCCCAGACGUCGCCGUCGUGGCUGGCCCCUACGGCGCCGGAGGCGUCAUGGACGUCGGCGCCUCCUUUGGCGGCAAGAACCCCGAGGUCAAGGACAAGAAUGCCGCAAACGACCACGUCACGGACGCCAAGCCCGCCGAGGACGGCAAGCUCAGGCCCGACGAGAAAGACAAGAAGCGCAGGAGCAGCAGCACCUCGCUCAAGCCCGUCUUCUCCUACGUCAAGUCCCGCGGCUUCUACGCCGGCAUCCAGGUAGACGGCACCGUCGUCACGGAGCGCAAGGACGCCAACGCCGCGUUCUACGGACAAAAGGUCACCGUGGACCAAAUCGUAAAGGGCCAGGUGCCGCCCCAGGGUCCCAACGGCAUGUGGCCCGCCGGCGCCCACCCGCUCUACGAGGCCCUCCGCACCGCGGAGCAGCAGCAGGCUCUCCCUGAGGUUCACCUGCCCCAGGCGACGCCCGGCCAGCAGGCCCCGCCCGGGUCGAUCCCCCCUCACCAGCAGCAGCAGCCGGCCUAUGGUCAGCAGCAGCAGCAAUACGGCCACUCGGAUGCCGGCGGCCCGCUAGGUUCGCAUCCUCCCGGCCAGGGUGGCCCCGUCGCCUCGGGUGGUCUGAGCCGCGAGGAGCAGCUUCCGGGCUACGUGGAUGAUGGUGUGGCGCGGCCUGGUGUCGGUGAUCACAAGGGUCACUACCAGUAA